AGUGUUUCGGAUCCUGGGAGGAAGUGAAUGAUUCGCGUUUGCACUUGACGAGGAGAAAUCAUAUUGUUGGGGAAAUUAAGCGUGUAUUCGCCGAAUUUUAGCGGUUAAAUGAGAUUAAACCGGUGGACGUACGUCUUCUGUCACGGUAUGGUUUAAAGGGACACUCGUUUUUGGACUCAGAACUUCAUAGCUUUGGAUCAACUUACGUUCACAGGAGGUUGGAGGAGGACACACUUUGCUAUUGUUCCAGCACACACGAGUGUGUGUAUGCGUUUUUGUGUAUGUGUGUAUUAAACUGCCCUUUGGCUUUAUGGCUACGAAUUUUGAACCUAUUUAUGGACUCUCAGAGGAUGAAAAUGAAUCUCGUAUUCUUCGUGUCAAGGUCAUUGCUGGCAUUGAUCUGGCGAAGAAGGACAUCAUUGGUGCCAGUGAUCCUUACGUCAAACUCUCCCUGUAUGUCACUGAUGAAAACCGUGAGCUUGCCUUAGUACAAACGAAAACCAUCAAAAAGGUAAGUUUUAUUCACACUCAGUAGCUUGUUUGUGACAAUAAGGUUUAGUUUGUUUCUGAGAAAUUUUAGGAUGACUGAGAGAAC